UGUGUGUGUGUGUGUGUAGAGAGAGGGAGCGAGAGAGAGAGAGAGAGAGAGUGUGCGUUAAAACAAACCCAGGCAGCCAGUGGGAGAGCAGGAGAGCGGGGAAGAGGCAAAAAGCAUCUGAGGAGGCAGAAGGAACGGGAGUGCGAGAGACAGCUAUGAAAUUCAUCCAAGCUAUUUGCUUACUGCUCCUCUGUCCAGCUCUGAGCCUCAACACCAGACAAAGCUACGAUGGGCUGGAAAAGAAGCUGAAGGAAGUCUUCAGUGAGCGGAGCAGCAUCUUGCACCAGCUCUCCAAGACAUCCAAGGAGCUGGACAGCAUUAAAGGAAACCUCCAGUCACUGAAGAAUGAUGAGUCAGUGGCCAAGACGGACGUGCAGAGGAUCCUGGAGCUGAGCCACAAACAGAGGGAGGAGAUGAAGUCCCUCCAGGCAGCCUUGCAGAAGCAGCUGGACGAGGCAAAUGAGAGAGCCGAGAAGCAGCAGGCCACGAUUAAAUUUCUCAAAGUGGAGAUGGAGAAAAAGACCAAAAUCAUCAAGGAUCUGCAGCAAGAGAACAAGAGCCUGAAGAAUAAACUGCUCUCGGGGCACAAACUUUGCGAUGCCUACGCUGAAGAGUCCAAAAAAAUCCAGGCUCAACUGAAAGAACUGCGGUACGGGAAGAAGGAUUUAAUUUUUAAGGGGCAGCAGCUAAUGGACCUGGAGCACAAGUUAACCGUCGCCAAGGAGGAGCUGGAGAAGACUGCACUGGAUAAGGAGUCCCAGCUGAAGGCGCUGAAGGACACGGUUCACAUCUGCUUCUCCGCUGUCCUGCACAACCAGCCCAGCGGCAGUCACCGAUUUCCCAGCGCCCCCGCCCACUUGUUCAGAUACGCGUCGCUCAUCAACAGCUCCAGAGUCACCUUUCAGCAGCCACACGCCAAGGACAUCUCCAGAGUUCAGAGAAUCGCCACAGACAGUAAAUCACCCGUGAACAUCGGACUAAUGAGGAGAGAGAGCGGCGGAGUCAAAGAGUGCCAGAUGGAAAAGGCUGGGGGCGACUGCUUCCAGAAUCAGACGGCGGAAUCGGCCCUGGAAAGUAAAAAGCUACCAGAGUCACAGCAGCAGAGGAGCCAAGCGCAGACCGGGACGAUCAACACAAAGCGCUCCGGCGACAGCGAGGAGGCAGAGGGAGGCGGCGGCGGCGGCGGCAAAGAGACAAAGCCACACGAGCGCAACUGAGCGGACGGCACGUCAUCCGAACUGCGGAGCUCCUGCGUUGCCUGAAGGAUCUUUCUAAGAGCACACACUUUUGCGCACUCUCACAAAAAAAACUAUGUGCGCCCACAUACACACACAUUUUUAAACACACACACGCUCGAACACACACACACACACACACACACACACACACACACACACAGCAGCUACACGUGCGCAUAUCAGCAUCGUCUGCAAAAGCUGAGACACGGGAAUUGUCAAACUUCAGACUGCCAUCUGAAAACCUUCAUAGUAAAACGGCAUGCAUUCUAGAAAUUCUUUUUCUUUUUCGUUUCUCUUUUUCUUGCAGGUAGCGAUGGCACUGGUAACUCGUUUCAUGAUGAUGCUCAUCUGUUGUUUACUUAUCUGAGUUUUCUUUUUCUUCCGAGUGAGGACACCGCUUUCUAAAUGUGUGAUCUUUCUAGAAAAAUCCCUUUGCACUGGUGAGGUCUGAAACUGUAUCCUGUGAUGAGUAUAAGUCAAUUGAGAAACAAUAAAUACCCCUACUACUACUACUAUAACUACUACUACGACUACGACUACCCAACUUAGACUAUUGUUUGUCACUCAUUGUAGCACGGUUAAUUUACUCCUCCACAUUUUGAAAUAUAGAGGCUCAAGUUGGCUGGCCAACUGUUCAACAUUUAAUAUUUCAGCACUCUUCCUGCCUCCAACACUCCCGAGGCAAAGAGCCAAAGACUCACAAUGGGUCGUCUCCCUGAGAAUGUGCCAUGCACUGAGUAGUAACUCCUAGCUACAUGUAUCUGUGUCCUCUGACCUUUCUGUGUCCUUUCAAUAAACUGUAAUUUUCAGUAAAUGUGUGAAGAAUAAAUGGUUAUUCGUGGGAAAGAA